AUGGAAUCUAGCGAUCAAGGCGCGCUCAUUGCUCAGGGAGCAGAGGCGCGUGUGACACGCAUACUCUACCUGGGCCGCAACGCGGUGCUUAAAACUCGACUUUCAAAGCCGUACCGCCACCCUGAGCUGGACGAAGCUCUGAACGGCAAGCGAAUCGUUGCGGAGUGUCGCGCUGUAGCCCGGCUGAGGCGCCACGGCAUAUACGUGCCGCUGGUAUACCUGGUGGAUGUGAAGAAUCGUCAGAUAGUGUACGAGUUCAUAAGGGGUCAGACCGUGCUGGACGCGCUCAAGGAAUCCCAUCAGGACGUAUGUGAAGACAUAUUGAAGCGGGUCGGCAUCGCAGUUGCGAAAAUGCACGACGUAAACAUCGUGCACGGCGACCUGACGACGAGGAACAUGCUUCGCACUGAGAGUGGCAAAAUUUGUCUAAUCGACUUCGGGCUCAGUUACGUGUCCACACUUGCAGAGGACAAGGGGGUUGACCUGUACGUGUUGGAGCGAUGCUGCGACGCCAAUGAGUUCGAGCUGUUCCUGAAAGCCUACAAGGCACAAAGCAGGUCCGCGGCAGCCACUAUAGCCAAGCUGGCUGAGGUUCGCCUGCGCGGGCGUAAGCGAGACCAAUCGGGGUGA